GACCGCAGCACCUUCGAAAAUGUAGAUUACUGGAAGGAGCUGAAGAUGCGCGAAGCUGUGCAUUGGCAUAAGGAAGCUCACUUCAAAAGUUGUGGCUUUUAUCUAGAAAAUGGACCACCGGGAAAAGUUCGCGCACCUCUGUGGAAGUUCAUACAGCGACUCCGAGAGCUUUACCCAACCGCGAUGCACGAGAUUGAGCAACGGUUUGCGCGCUUGGAGGCAAUAGACGAAGCGGCAACGUCGCUGUAAAGUUACACGCGUGUUAGUUGAUCUCAUUAAAUAAUGCGCGGCAGUUAAGGGGAUCAGACCACCGAUAUGGCGUAAUUAAGAACUAUAAAAUUUCAAAAGCGAGAGCCCCUUAUCUGCCUCGCUUAAAUGCCUCAAGCUGUACCGCUUGAGGCGCAUAAUGGAGGCAUUUAAGGGGAAUACGAACGC